AUAUUGCAGAUUCUAAAAUGGCGCCACUAUGAGUCCUUUACUGCAAAAGAAGCACUGCUUGUACAAGAGACUGUCAUUGUUUUGCUGUAGAUAUAAAAUGGAGGACAUAGGGCUAGCUAGCAAGCAUGAUGCAGCUGGAGGUGUCUUAGUAGAGCCAGCAUAAUUGUCGUUUUGUGGCAUGCAAGCUAUGCUGUUUAACUGCAUCUUCAAUUAACGGUAUAGCCACUUUGCUGCAAUAUCGUUGUAUGUCAUUACAAUUGCACGAGUAGCAACCGGCCAGAAGACGUCUAGCUGUAACGCUGCAGUGGUUGAAUUAAAAGCGUCGUGUGGAUCUUAAAAGUCAGUUUACGUGAGAUAGAUCAUGAAGGAAGCUUUGUCUCAGCAAGAUUUGGAAGGCUAGUACUGUAUGACUUUUAUCUCUACACUUCAGUUGUGCUGUUUUCAAAUCGGACUUCCUGAAUUUGGUGGGAGCUAACGUUACGUUGUAUGUCGUCAACAACAGUGGUUAGAGAUCACUUCAGCAAUACCAACGUUAAGUAUGGAAAGGGACCCCGGAGGGGGUGAGCGAGCAUCCAGUGAAUUUCUGUCCGCCUCUCAAGUCCAGCCAGGGUGCUGGUGGUGAGCAGGUGUAUCGUGUUGACUAUGAGAUCCACUCUGUUAACAAGUGGAGGCCUUCAUCUAGAUGCAGGAGCGCUUGACCUCGGUCUAACCGAAGCAGCUGUCCAGGAUUUCCUUGCGGGGCAGGAGGAAGACACCCGACACUUUAUCCACACACUCCCCAACCUGAUUGGCACCUUUCAGCACACCAGCGGGCCUAUCCUCCGCAACAAGGCCAGGGGCUCCACCCGGACGUUUGGGUGCAGGCCAGGGCAAUCCCUUGUUUUUGGGGAGGGGCACCUAGGGCUUUUUGGGAGCUUCGGGGCCCUGACGACCCCCUUCAAGCAGAUGGGGGGCGAAGGAAUCCUAGUGAAUAGCAAGUCACUAUUCGGACACGCCAACAAGAGUAUGGGUAAGAUGGACCCUGUGGUGUCGAAUGGCAACAAGCAGCCGCAGGACGCUGACGAUGUCAGCGGCGGUGCAGGUUUGGGGGUGCUCCUGGGAGGGUUGCCGCUACCCUCGCCCGAGCCCUGUCCCGAGGGCAAACGGAGGAACAUCCGCAAGGGGCCGAAUCACAGCGCGGCACAGACCAACUGCAUCCGACAGAUCUUGUUGCUGCAACUGGAGCUAAUUGAACAGCAGCAACAGCAGCUGCAGUCCAAGAACCACGAGAUCAACGAGCUCAAGGAAGAGAAGGAGACGUUGAUGGCACGUAUCGAGCAAAUGGAGCGGAGGCUGCAGCAUACAGUGAAGAAGGACAAGCCGCGCAAACCCCAGCCCCCGACUACAUCCACACGCCGGAAAGAGCCGGAACCCCUGUCAGAGACACCCGAGGGGCCAGGGCUGUCCCAGAACCGGCUACACACCCCCAAGCAGCCAUAUUUCGGCAGGGGGGGCAAGGGCCACAAAAGACGCUUCCUCAGUCAGGAGCCCCGAGUUGGCCGGUUUCGCCGUGGCGGAGGCCCCCGCUCCCCUUUGCGAAAGGUCAUUGUCUUCAAGGAGGAGGAAGAUGGGGGGGAAGAGUACAACGAGGAAGAGAAAGAGGAGCGGGGGGCCUUCAGCCUGCAGAGCUCGCCCAGCUCUGUGGAGGAUGUGGCGUUGGCGCAACAGAUGCAAGAGCUCCCCUACCUGGCCUCCACUGACAUGUACCUGUGUUGCUGGCACCCGCCACCCGUGUCCAGCUCGCCCUGGCAUGACCCCUCUCCCACCCAAGAGGACACGGUGGACGUGCCCUCUUGGAGAGAGAACACGGUGGCUCCACUUGGAGAGAAAGAAGCGGCUAACGUCCCAGAGAGCCUGGAGGACAGGGUAUUCCGGAAGCGGCACAUAAAGUUGGAGCUGGAAGAGAAGAGGAGAAAGAGAUGGGACAUCCAGCGGAUCCGUGAGCAGCGCAUCUUCCAGCGGCUACAGCAGCGCAUGAACAAGAAGAAGGCCACCCCAGAGCCCGAGUCCCACCUCCAGUCCUUUUACCCCGAAGCUGAGGAUGUUGAAUCCAUCACGAUCACACCUUUCCUGCCAGUGGUGGCAUUUGGUAGACCUCUGCCAAACAUCAAACAACAGAACUUUGAACUCCCCUGGCUGGAUGAAUGUGAACGUGUCCGCAGUCGCCCGGAAGUAUCCGUCAAGAAGAAGAAGAAAACGCCCCAUAGAACGUGCCGGAAGUGAGCCCCGCUCCACAGCACUCUGAGCCAAUCAGAUGAGAAUCAGAGUGCUGGUUUCUCCCAUCCCAGAUACAUAAAGAGCUCAUAAUGGGCUUAGAGAAUGUAGCUGGGGGGGGUGGGGGUGGGGGGGUGUCACAAAAGCAUGACUUGCAGUGGACACUGAGAAGAAAAGACGCGGGUUCUCCAGGUUAUCCGUAAUGCGGUUCUUGCCAACAGAGCAACAUGUAGUGGAGGACAGCGCGUUCCGUCCCCUUCCUGAAUGUCCUUCAGCUCAUUUGUGACGUUUCAGCCCUGUAAAUCUGCCCCAAACGCAGCUUAACUGGAAGCACUCAUGAAAACAGAUAAACUACCCCAACUUGCUGAACUCUUAUUGUAUAGGGAAUUUUUUUUCUGUUCAUCUUUUUGAUUUUCUUAAAACAGCGCAGAAUGUAUCUUUCAGUUUUUUGUUGUCAGUUUAUCAAGCUUUUUUGUCAUCUAUAUGCCAAACCUACCCAUUUGCCUCUUCCCUCACAGACAGGAGAGGGUAGGUUACAGUUUUAUAAAACUGUUAUAUCAUUGUGGUAUAUUAAGAUGUGUUAAAUCUGGCAUUCUUCUCUACUUUAGUUCUGAGGAAGGUUCUGUUCAAAUGUACAAAAAGAUUGAUAAUCAUUUGUUGUAAAAAAAAAAGAAAAGGAAAUGUUAUGUUAUGAAAAUAUGUGAGAGCUAUUCUUGAGAAGAUGUUCCAAAAAAAUUUAACUUGUUAACAACUGAAAUCGAAGUCUUUGCUGUACUUUGUGGCACACUAUUUGCUCAAGGCCCGCAAGGCCCACAGCGAGUUUCAUCACAGGUGCAUAUUUAUAUCAACUGCAUUAAUUACAACUUCAGAAUGUAUGAUUAUUUGCGAAAUAGCAUCUGUUGUAACGUAUAGAUACAAUUAAAUGAUCUUAGAUCACUUUA